CCUCCUGUGUACGGCCUGGCAGCUCCGUGUGGCGGACAUGCGGUAAACCCGUCUGCUCUUCCUGUGUCAGCCUCCUGGCCCCGCGUAUGGACGUCUCCUCUGUGCUCCCCGCAUCUUGUUCCACGGACGCACAGAGAGGUGUUGGUGGGAGAAUAGCUCCUAAAGCUUUUGCAUGGGAUUUUAAAUCGCAAGACAGGCCGCUGUGAGUUUAGGGUCUCACUGUAAUCUUUAUGGAUGAGCCUGAGUCAGAGAGCCCGGCCAGUAUCUUGGCCUCAGUGAGAGCGCAGGAGGCACAGUUUGAGCUCUUGUCUCGUGCUUUGGAAGAAGAAAGGAGACACGUCACUGCACAGCUGGACCGGGUGUGGGUGACCCCUCAGGAGGCUGCAACCACGCUUUCCAAUGGCACCCUUACCCGUCGCCAGCAGAACGGACGGGUCAUUCACUCCACAGAGGGACAGAGAAAGAAAUAUCCAGAUAUAAACUCUACUCAGGAUCAUUCACCUUUUGUGUACUCACCAGUCAGGAUGGAGGGCCAUGGUCUUCCUGCUGAUGAAAAUUAUGUCUUGGAUGAUGAGCCCUCUUACUUGUCCUACAGUAUGUCUGAAGAGUCCCGUCACAUGGAUAUUCCAAUAAAGCCCUCCGUUGGAUAUUCCCAAACUUUAGAUCGCCCCUAUCGUGAUGUAGUGAGUGGUGGUGGAGCCUACACUACAGUUCCCCGCAAUUAUCAUUUCCGAGGACCUGGAACAGAGCCGGUGCAAUUGAUUCCACCCACUCAGCAUCCAGGCUACAGCAGUCUUUCUAGGCCGAAUAAUCGCUACCGCACUGUGGAACCUUAUAGGGGUCCUGGUUAUGGGCCACAACCUCAGGUUAGGGGGGCUGGCUUUGGAGGUAGCCAAUCUGAUCUGCUUACUGCAAGAUAUGGCUCUGAAGAUGCUUAUGGACUGGAAGAUGAUCGUAGAAGUCUUGGAGGUUAUGUAGAUGGACCAGACUAUUCUACCACUGGUAGGAGGGCUGCCAAUGGAGGGGAUCAACGUCUGCGACUAAGGAGUUAUGAGGAUCCAUUGUCUGAUCAUUAUGGAUCAUCUUUGCCACAGUCUGGAAGCCUUUCUAGCCUUGGACCUGCACCUUUGACAGUAGCCCCCAGUGGCCCUUGGAGACAGCCAGAGCUUCCUGAAGUUCUUGCAAUGUUAAGUUACACCCUUGAUGCUGUGAGACUAAAUGCAGCUGCGUAUCUGCAGCACUUGUCGUAUCGUAAUGAGGAAGUCAAGAAAGAGGUUUGUCGUUUACGUGGAAUACCACCGCUCAUAAGUCUCCUGGAAGAUCCACGGGCUCCUGUAAGACUUGCAGCCUGUGGUGCACUGAAGAAUCUAUCGUAUGGCCCUGCAAAAGAGAACAAAAUGGCAGUGAAAAACUGUGAUGGAGUACCAGCCCUAGCAAGACUACUACGCAGGAGAGGAGAGGGCCAAGAAGGAAGAGACAUGGCAGAGUGCGUCACUGGUACUCUCUGGAAUUUAUCUUCAUUGGACUCAAUCAAGAUGGAACUUGUAGAUCAAGCCCUUUACACUCUGACUCAGGAGAUCCUUGUUCCUUAUUCUGGUUGGCAGAGGGAUAGUGGAGCAGUGAAUUCAGAAGAGGGAAAAUCUCGACACGUUGAGUGGGAGCCUGCGUUGGUUAAUACUACAGGAUGCUUGCGGAAUAUCUCAUCUGAGCGCUCUGAAGCACGUAGGAAAAUGAGGGAAUGUGAAGGGCUUGUGGAUUCUGUGGUCCACAUAUUGCGCUCAGAGGUGGGCCAUGGACAAGCUGACAGCAAGCUGGUGGAGAAUGUUGUAUGCCUCCUUAGGAAUCUUUCUUACCAUAUUCAUCGGGAGAUACCACAGGCUGAAAAGUAUCAAGAAAAUCCUCAGACUGUGAAUACUGAACCACAGAAUCCUAGUUGCUUUGGUGUACGUCGUGGAAAAGGCAAAAAGGCUUCUGAAGAUCCUGCAGACACAGUGGAUUUUCCAAAGAGAACAACACCUGCAGUUGGUUAUGAACUCCUUUUCCAGCCUGAGAUUGUGCGUCUCUAUGUUUCGCUUGUUAAGUUGUCUCGUACACCUGCAGUCUUGGAAGCAGCAGCUGGUGCCAUUCAAAACCUGUGUGCUGGAUGCUGGAUUUAUGGCCGCUGUAUUCGUGCUGCUGUCCGUCAGGAGAAAGGUCUGUCGUCACUUGCUGAUCAUCUGACCCAUGAAAGUGAGCGUGUUGUACGUGCAGUUUGUGGAGCACUGCGCAACCUUUGUGGAGACAGCCGGAACAGAGAGCUGAUAGGUAAACAUGCUCUGAGUAGCCUUGUGGCACGUCUACCCAGUUCUCAGUCUUCUGUGGUUUCAGAAGAUACAACUGUGGCUAUACUGGGCACUAUUCAAGAGGUUAUCACCGGCAACUUGGAGGCAGCAAAGAAACUGCGAGAGAGCCAAGGAAUUGAGAGGCUUGUACUCAUUAACAAGGGAGGUGGACGCUCUGACAGAGAAAUUCGUGCUGCGGGUCUCUGCCUUCAGACUGUGUGGGGUUUUAAGGAGCUCCGGAGACCCCUUGAAAAAGAAGGUUGGAAGAAGAGUGACUUUCAGGUGUCUCUUGCAAACUCAAAGCGAGCGCCGGGAUUUGAUGACAGCACUCUUCCCCUCAUUGAACGAAACCAAAGGAAUGAUAAAAAGGCUGAGAAUGUUGACAUUCCUCUGAAUGACAUCAGACAAGAACCAUAUUCACACAAUGGGGAUCAUGGCACUCGUCACCUAAACCGUUCAGCUGAUCUCUCUGAACUGCAACCUCUCAAAGAGAGGUCUCUCAGUGCUGGGGGCUCAUUGGAUCUUGGGGAUGCCGAGGACCAACCAGUCUAAGUCCACAUCUGUCUCAUGUGGUGACACUCGUGGUUGAGUCAUCUCUUUUGGAGCUACUGGACCAAGAAUUCGUCAUCUAUUAUCCCUCACUGCCUGUCUUUACAAUCCUCAAAUCCCCUUCCCUCGUCUCUCUGAUGCAAUCUGAAGAUAAUAAUGGACUUAAAUUUUCUGUGACUUUUAUGGUUACUGGGACAGGAAGCACAGGAGACGCGAUAACACUGGAAUAUCGCAAUAUUAACAGGCUGUAAAUACAGAAACACUAACACAUCAUACCAAUGAUCCUGCAACACUAACCAUCUUUCAGGACAGAUCAUUGUGGUGCAAUUGUUCUAGCACUAUAUAUAAUUUCGAUUUUUAUGUUUUUGGGAUUUUUUUUUCCUGGGUGAUCUGGUUACAUGUUUGCUGCAAUUAAUUUUCCUUAUGACACUAUUUUUGCCCUAUUCCCUUUUAUCUUGAAAUCACCAGUGGCCUUUCUGUGGGGAAUGUAGGGAGUUGGCUGAAUAAUGGACUCCCCUGACCCCAAACCAUCUUGCUUCCUUUAAAACCCUUUCAUAACAAUCUGAUGCCAAGGAUUAUGUUUUUUUAUAAAUAAAAAAUUUUUAAGACAAUCGUAUUAAAUAGAAUUGUCU